AUGCGGUAUACAGUGGGUACAGCCAAUGGAAUGUCGAGCGAUUCGACAGAUGCGGGAACUAGCUUCGCUCGGCCCGUUUCUCGCCCAUGGCUUUUCUCCAAAGACGAAGUUUGUUUUCUUUGUUUUUUAAAUCUUUUCUAAUUUCGAAGGUAUUAGUUGAUCUUUAAUUUCAUUUUUUCACUCAAAUUUACAUUUCAGAACUUUUUCUUUUUUAAAUCGCGUUUCACUACUGAGGUGUCUCCUGUUUUUAAGUUCCCAUAAUAUACGCCAAUUAAAUCUAUUAUGUAAAAAGAUUAUUCGGCAUUUUUUGUGCUCGAAGUUUAACACUGAGCUACUCAGCUUAAUUUUUUUUUCGAAUUUUCCAUUCCAUUUAAGAAUCAAAUUUCUGAAUUGUGGUGGGAAAAAUGUGUUAUUAGCCUCCGGUAUUUGUACAGCUUGCCUCACGUAAAUUCACAAGAGUUUUAUCAUUGGGGCGCGCUAUCUCCAAACCUUGUAGUUCAUUUUUUUUUCUUUUUUUGUGAAUUUUUAUCUUUUUUUUGUCAUAUUAUUUUGCUCUUUGAUUAGUGAGUGCUGGAUUUGCAGAGCUAUUCAAUUUUUUUUUUUCAAAAAGUCAUGUGUAUUAGAGUUCGAAAAGUGAAAAAAAAAACUUGAAUUGGUUUUUGCUUUAAUCAGCUCACAACAGCAUAGGCGAAUCGAGAAAGGGUAUCACGAGACCCUCUCACGAUGGACACAUUUCGGGGCCUUCACGAUCCAUUUUGAGAGGUACCUGUGUGGACACAUUAUAAUACCCUCUCGAUUCGCCUGUGAGGAUUUCCUGAAAUAAAAAAUGCUCGUACAAAGUUGAAAUUUAUUGCAUACCAUCUAUAAUAAUAGGUUUAUUCUAUAUUUUCUUAUUUUACCAUUUUAUGCGCGUAGCUACUCGUAUCCUCCCGAUUUACCAGUGACAAGUCAAUCAACUUUCAUAAUCCCUUCCUCAUUUCCUACCAAAAUUUUCAGUUCAAAGUUCCAUCCUUCAACGAAUGGAGUGAUCUUUCUAUUUUUCGCUUUAUAAAAAAGCUCGUUUCUGCUAACCUAAGUUUUUACGUAGCAAAAUCGUUACUGAAGAAAACUCCUGUCAGAAAAAAGUGGAAACCCUGCGUUGAAAGGAAAGUAUGUGAAGUGACAAAUAGCCCAGUGAACAUAGCGUCAAGAAUAUUUUUCACUGUUACCGCCAUUUUGAAUUUCUCGGAACCAUUUUAAACAAAGUAUGAAAAAAGGAAGUAGAAAAAAAAAAAUGAAAUUAGAGGUGUGAAAAAGCGCGCCCCAUUGAUAAAACUCUUGUGAAUUUACGUGAGGCAAGCUGUACAAAUACCGGAGGCUAUGUGUUAUUCUGUUGAACUUGAAGAUGCGACGCUCUGCGAGUGCCUUCGAUGGCGUCAGUCCUGAAGAGGAGCUAGCUUAUCGUCAGAAGGCUACACAAUUCCUUCAUGAAAUGGUUGAUCACUUGCACCACGGAAACAAGUCAGCUCUAUUUAUUCAAUCAUAUAUAAAAGUAUUCUGCAGCUCACUGACAAUCACCAUGUGUGUUGCUAGUAUAAAUCUACACCGCUUCUUCUAUUUUCAUUCGUUCAAGCAGUUUGAUUACAAGGUUAUUUCGACCGUAUAGAAGAAAAUCAAAAUAGUUUUUCUAGGAUAUAGCUGCGGCUUGUAUAUUUCUUGCUGGUAAAAGUGAAGACAGUCCGAGAAAACUGUCUAGCGUCGUUCGGGUAUGGUGGGAGAAAAAGUUUCCCCAUCAAAAGAACAUUCCUUCCGAGUCAGUAAGUGUACAAUCAUUUUAAUAAGUUCUAAAAUAUGUUUUAGCACAUGGCCAGUGCAUGCCAAAUGAUAGUCCAUCUCGAAACCGUCAUUCUUCACACUAUUUGUGAGUUUCAUUUUACCAUUCUGUGACCUCUUUUAAAAGGCAAAACCGGUUUUUCCUGUAUACUCUCAAAAAAUGUAUAAAAUAAAGUAAAUACAUUUUUUUUUUUCAGCGUUCGAUUUGACCGUCGAACUUCCUCACCAACAUGUAUUGCGGAUGACUCAAAAUGUGUUUAGAGGUUUGUUAUACUUUCAGUUGGAAAAAUUUUCUACCAAAAAUCAUCAUUCCUCCUUUUUUCAAUCAACUGUAGGAGAAAUUGUUUAUUUGCUUUUUUGUUGAGCUUUGUUUUCAGGACAAAAGGAAGUGAUGAAGACGGCUUACUUUCUCGUCACUGAUCUGUAAGCUUCAUAAAUUUUCCGAUCUAGAAUCUUUGGUUUUCAGACUUUGUGUGACAGACUGGCCGAUUCGUUUUAGAAGCACCACUAUUGCUGCGGCCUCAGUUCACAUAGUUUCUUCGGUAUUCAAGGUUCGAGUUUUUUUUUAUAUGUUAUUCUACAUGCUAUCAUCAGGUUUUUGUGCAAUCGAUGGAAAUAAUUUCUUUUUUAACUCGAAAGUUUCAUGAUUAAAACCGAAGAAAGAAUUACUAUAAAAUAAUUUCAAUGAGCGCAUAUUCCUAAAGGCGCGCGACUAGAUUUUCGAAAUAAAAAAAAGAGAAUUUUCAGAUCGCAAAGGUUGGACAAACCAACUGGUGGGCUUCUAGCGAUUUUCUCCAAGAGCCCGUAACUCUGGAAAUUCUUGACGGUUUUUCUGAAUUUCAAAGAACCUGAAAAUAAGGAGAAUAUUAGAAAUGGCAGCCGAGUUUCUGCAGAUCUAUAAGACGAUUCCGAGCAGAUCUCAUUGUUCUUCAUUCAAACGGCUCGAUCCCCACGGCCUUCACAAGAGUAACAUAUUUUUCUACUUCAUUUAUUUUCUUAUAAAAUUGAAGGAUCACUUAAAAUUUCAUUUUCCUCAACUUUUCAUUGUUGUUUUCUUCAAUUUUCUGUUAAGUAGUUUUCGUGAGAAACUAUUUUUCAUGGGUCCGUGUUUUUUUUUUCUCGAAAUUUUUCGAAGUGCUUAGGCGUUAUUCGUCCUUCGUUCAAAAACUGACAAAAAAAAAUCUGGAGGCUAGAAGUUUGUGUCUUAAUAUUAGAUUUUUGCUCGAUUUCAACGAAAAAAAAACUAUCUGCUGUUUUUCUUAGAUUUAGUAUUUUUCAUCGUUUAUUUUUCCAAAUCGAUUAUCGCAAUCAUGAAGAGAAGAGAAGUUUCAUAUACUGGACAAGGGUUUUUCAGGAAUCGUUCCGGAAAACAGCGCAUCCAACGUGGUGUUACCUCCGCCGCCCAUGGCGCCGUGUCUGCAGCCAAAAAAGUUGGACAUUUCUGCUUACAAGGUGGUAGAAAAAAGAAACGCGAGUUAUGCGUGACCCUUGUGCAGGAGCGGAUAAAAGACAAGCCGGCGGUCGGAGCCGUUCCCGAGCAGCCACGGACCAGUUUCCUGCCUGACUUCAACACCCAAGUCAAAGACGAAGGACGUGCAGAGACGCCGAAACUCGCCAGCAAGAUUUCGGAUGCGCUGUGUAGGUUUUACACAUGGUUAAAACCAUAUUAGAGAUAUAAAUCUGGGAAACAAGGCCAACUCAAAUUUUAAGCAUACAUUGGAAGACCUUUCAAAAAUGUCGCCAUGAACUCCUUAAGGAUAAACGUUGACUUUGUUCCUUAUUUUUUUUUUUUCAACUUUUUCAGGGCAAAUUAUUCGGGAUUGAAUUCCCAACUUCUCCAAAUAAGUAAUGGUUUAAAGUAUAAAUUCGGGUAUGUGAAAAUCAGACUGAGCAAAUCGAGUCGUUCUAGUGAAUCGAAAAUCAAGCUAGCCGAAAAAAUUCCAUUUUUUACAUGAGAGUACUUUUUUCUAUCGAAGUUGAAAUAGUGUGCUCAAAUUUGUUAAAUGUACGGUCAGUACGAAAGAAAGUUGACUAAUAAAAAGAAUUUUUUUGAGAAAUAAUUUAUAUGUAUCGGUCCAACUUUCCGUUUUAUUCAAUCAUUCAUUUUAAAACUUUCAGCUAUGCCGACAAGUCAUUUCAACGGAAACGGCGUGCCGCUUGAGAUGUCCACAAGUUGUAAGUUUUUUUUUAAACAAUUUUAUUCGUCUUUUUUUUUCUCAUUUCUACCUUCCGAGCAAUAAAUGACCGACCAGUCAUCGAUGACCAGUUUAACGGUACUCAUUGAUCAAUAAUUCCAUUUAAAUCGAACGAUGUGUUCACGUGUUUCUUUUUGAGCUUUUUACAAGGGCCGUUCGCCUGAAAGUCAUUUAGUGACCGGUUUCAAAUUCGAUCGUCCGUUUAUCGGUCAUACACGUCGAAUUUUCGACAUUUCUUUUAGCGAUCAUUGAAACGACCAGUCUCUAAAAAUUCAUCAUUCGCCGUUCAAACGGACAUUUUUGAAAGCUCGAAGUCCAGAGACUCUCGAUUUCUUCGACGAGUUUUUUUUCAGAGGCCUAUAUAGUUUAGCUGAUAAUAUCUCUUUUUUUUCAAGUACUUUUACCUAGGUCUAUAAGGCAAACAAAUUUCAACUCGAUACUUCAUCUUCAUAUGUUUCAUGAUUCAGAAGCUGAGCUUCUCUGAACAUUUCAUUUCAUUCAUUUCAUGUGUUUAUUCGCCAUUCCGCAAUCUGCACGACAAUUACAAAAAAUAAUACAUCAAAACAAUCAAAUACAAUCAAAUGAAUCUAACAGCUGAUCUGUGGAAACGGCUGGAGGAAAAAGAUUGUCUGUAUAGACGGUGCUAACCCCCAUUUGGUAUUUAAGUUUGUUUUGAAUAAUUUGUAAACUUAUUCAUCUCAUUUUGAGAGAAUUUUGAUUUAACUUUUUUUUUGGGAAAGUAAUAAUUUGCACAUUUUUUAUUACCGAUCUAUCCAAUUGACUACGCGGAGUGUGGAAGUCGGAAAUGAAACGGGUUUAACAACUUUUCUACACUCCUACCGCUUAUUUAGUUCAAAACACAUUGCAAGUUUAUAGUGCGAAAUACGAAUGGGAAGCCGCCGAGACCAGAGGGCGAACGAAGGCACCGCGACCACGAGAGUCGCCGGAAUCGUCACUCGCAGUCCGGCGGCGAGCGCGUCGCGUCGUCCUACGAGCGACACGCAGAAAAAGAACGACGCAAGGAAAAACGCGAUUAUUUGUUGAUGGCCGAAAGCACUGAGAAGGACUAUCCUAGGUGGGUUUAUAACAUUUUCUGGGAUUUUUUGUCCAUUAAAAUAUUUGCUUUUUUUCAAAAGUUUCUGCUGGUUUUGUAGCAAACAGUAUGUUCAUUUUAUGAAGUGAAUUACAAGUAAUACAUUAUAUUAGGUUGUUUCCUAAAAAAAUUUUUCUAAAGAUCAUUUUCAGAUUUUUUUCAAAAAAAUAUUUUUUUAGUCAUGCAGUGUUCUUCAGGAUACAUCCGGAACUUCAAAUCAAAAUAUAAAUUUUAUCCUAGAGCAGGAAUUAGAAAAAAAUUAUAAAGUUUUUUUCGUUUCUACUUGAAAAAAACAUUCAUUUUGAAACAUUCAAAAAUUUUUUUAGCUAUAUUUAAUCGAAACAAAGGCCACAGAAAGUAAUAAGACUUGUGUGCUUUCCAAUAAAUUUUUUUCAUUUGGCCUCGAUGAUUCGGGGAAAAAAAGUUAAUUUUUUUAAAAAGCCCGCCGCUUGUAAAAAAAUGAUCAACCAACCUUUUUUUGACGCCUUUGCGAACCUUGGUCGCGCUUUUUAAUCUUUUAUUAAAGGCAUGGGGGCAGUAAAAAACUGGGUUUCAGUUCAAAGCAGUAAUUUGUAGAGCUUUUCAUUGCGUAUCGAACGGUGAACUUGGAAACGUACAGAUCUUCCUAGUUUGGGAGAAAAAAUAAUUCAAAGUCGGAGAAAGGAAAGCUUGAGUUCUCGCCAAAAGGGCGUUUUGCAGUAAAGUUGCUCUAUUGACAACAAGCUUCGCCAUUUUUUCGGAUAUACUAUUUUUUUUCCCCUGUUUCUUUCAGUUUUCAAUUUUUUUCUGUUGUCACUAAAGUUUCUUUCGUCCUUAAAAGUUCCUAUUUAUAAGAAAUUGGCAAACUUUGUUCGCAAAAUGCUUCUCUUGUGAAACAUGGUUUUACACAGGUUUUGAUUAGGAUUGCAAUAUUUUUUGUUUCCUUCAUUAUCUGUGUGUGUUUUUUCUUUUCUUAAUUGAUUUUUCAGAAAAGAAACCCUUAAUUUGAAGCAGAAAUCGAGUUAUUUCUCACAAAAUGCGAGUCUAUUGACACGUCCGCAACAUCGCGUGCACAACUACUGUAAUCAGUUGUCCGAGCACCGAUCCAAAGCAAAUUUCAAAACUGAAGGCGGGAAAGUAAAAUUGCGUUGUUUUUUCAAAAGUAGUCACAUCUGUAAUUUUUUUUUUGAGUACACCGUUCGAUUUGCAAUCAAAAACUAUAUAAGAUACUGCUUUCACCUGAAACCCCAUUUUUUACUGCCCCUAUGCCUUUAAGGUACUCUACUUUCAUGUGCUCCCGCAGCAAUAACAAUCUAUUGAAAGCGUGACCUAGAUUCGAAUGACGCUUCACGAUUGCACGCAGCAGAACAGCGGAAUGACGUUCGGUGAAAUUUCAAGUCGUGGCACAUAGACUAUAAAAAUUUUUAAAGUCGGUUAUUCUCUUUUCAAUUUCUGCGCAGGCCUCUAAAUUACCUCCAAAAAAAAGGAAUGGGACUUUUCCUUUUUUUUUCUCAAUAUUUUCACUUUUCAGCGAGAAGAAAGCCAGAAUGGGAAGUGUUUCGAUUAAUUUUGUCAGUUCCUCGACGCGGGAUUUUUCGAAUGGAGCCGUGGCUAAAGCUCGCAGAGAUUCUAUCUCUUCUUCCUCUUCUUCCCAACAUUCUUCACAAGAAACGCGUAUCACAACAUCUUCUCAAACCGUGAGGUCAGAUUUCAUAUCUUCUGUAAAUUAAUUUCAAAAUAUGCGUUUGCUAACUACGUUUUCAAUGUGAAGGCUCACCCUGUGAGAAAAUUUUGAAAAAGUUUUCUCCUGGCAUUUUACAACCAGGAAAAACUUUUUUUUUAAUUUCGUUUUUGCUUCGAUUUGUAAUACUUUCUUAUCUGAAUUCAAAGAGUUUUGAUACCUGUUUGUUCGGAAAUCCAGCGUUUUUAUUAAGUUAAAGUUCAUAAAUAAUUAGGUCAAUGAAAAAUAAAAUUCAAAAAUUCCAAAAUUAAUUUUCUUUUUUUAAAGUUUCGUCACCUAUUUCUUUCAAUCACAGCGAGCAAGAGAAAGUGAAUAUUUUAAGAGAUAUAACAAGUUAUAAAAAAACUGUUUAUUGCAUCUUCAAUGUAAGAGUACAUGUGCAAUCGUCUUUCAUUGAUCUAACUGUGUUUAAACGGCGGCAGGAGCUGUGGCUUAGGCAGAGAAGUUGUGAAUUUCGCUCGUAGAACAUCAGGUACAAGAGAGGUCGUAGGAAGAAGUACGGUGCCGGCUUUCCAAAGGCCGAUGGCAGAGAUUGAGCUUUUUCGCUGUAUGCAGCUCCCAAUUUUUACCCCGGAGGGAUGAAAGGCUUGGUCGACCUCGGGGGGACUCGAACCUACGACCUUGCGGACGUUAGAAAUGAGUUAUGCCAGCUGAGCUAUGCCGCCCCCCAUGGGUUUGUUAUAAUACACGUAGGGCCGGAAGAUCCUUGCUUUGUUUCACUCUUAUUACCACGAAAACUUUCUGCUUCUGGGCUUUUUCAUGUAUGAUUGAAAGAACCGGUACGAAUUGCAGGAAUUUGGAUUUAUCCACGCCAGGAUCUGUGCCGCCACGAGUUUUCGUCCCUCCACCGCCUCCUGCGCCGGUUUUUGUGGCCAUGGAGCUCGAGGAGGGCGAAGUUGAAUAA